AGUUGUGUUUAUUUUAUUUUUGUAGUGUCUUGACUUUUUGCCUUUGGAUUUAUCUGGGGUAUAUUUAAAUUAUAAAUAUGUAUUAGGAACUGAAGAUCUUAUAGAAACAUCUUUAUUGAUAUGUGAUGCAGUUAUUGUAGUUUUCAAUUAACUUUGUGUAAUGGAAAAAUAACAUGUAUUUUCCAAUUGGUUGGCCAAAAGUGAUCAAAACACCCGAAUUGGGUGACUCUACAAUUAAACAUAUAACUUCUAACAGGGACAGAAUAUUAUUUGCUAUUAUUACAGACGACUGUUUAGGAAUAUGGUUUUGCAGACCAUGUGUACCAAUCGUUUUUCACCGCCGUUCACAAGUAUCUAUCGAAAAAUUUGGGACAAAUGUUAUUGCAGAAUGGAAACCAGAUUCAAGCAUGAUUGUCAUUGCGACUUCCGAGGGUCAUCUACUUUUUUACAAAAUAGAAGUCCCACCUGAUCAUAAAGGCCUCUAUCACCAAACUGAUUCACCCCACGUAAAUCUUCGAAGAGAUAGUGCUGAAUUAUUUAUAAAAGAAACGAUACCACCUUUAAAAUUAGUUUUGAGCGAAGAAAUUACGGUAUGGGAUGGAAAAAUUACUGGCGUUGUGUGUAUCACAAUGAUGGAAAUAAUGUUAUCGACCACUAAUAACCACGUUCUGAGGUAUCGAUGGGAUGGAACACAAAACAGAGAUUAUGCAUUAGAUUUAAGAAGGAUACCAUUCUGUAUUAACCAACAAGUUGCUAAAGCGGUACCCAUAGUCGAAGAAAACAUUUAUAUCACCGACAUUGAAUACUCGCCUCUAGUGGGUGGGUUUUCAAUAGUUCUGAACGAUGGAAGAGCGGCAUUCUUGACAGCGCCCUCUUUGAAAUUCGAUCCAAAUCAAGUUCAGGGCAUUUGGGCUCAGGGAAUGGAUGAUGCUACGUGUACAAAUAUUAAUCAUAAGUUUAGGCUGAUAACUUUUGGUCGUUUGAAUUCGGAAUGUGUUGUUUAUACUAUUGAUGAAAGUACAGGUGGUUUAGAGAUAUCACAUACUUGUGUUCUUAGCAGUAAAGAUUAUCCUGGUGAUCCAGGUGCUGUUGAAAGGGUCCUUUGGACACCCGACGGUUGUGCCUUAGUUGCAUCUUGGUCAAAAGGCGGUAUAGCCAUGUGGUCAACUUUUGGAGCGCUUUUGAUGUGUUCUUUAGGAUGGGAUUAUGGUUUAAAUAUUGACUUAGAGAGAAGCAAUCCUUUACAAGUUGCUUGCAUGGAAUUUUCAACAGAAGGUUAUCAGCUGUGGAUGGUAAGGAAGCAUUCUGGAAAUAAAGAUUCUGAGGGCAAUGUCACUACCCCGACCAGUUUAAUUCAGCUAGAUUUUGUUAAAAGUGCCUUGGCGAUUAAUCCUUGCAUGAGCCAUCAAAGUCAUCUCUACCUUCAAGGUGAAGAUAAACUGUAUGUCAAUUCAGCCAAUACAUUCAUCAGGGUUUUUUCGGGAAGAUCAAAGAAGGAAGACUUGUUUGGUGAUAACAGUUUCUCUCUUUCUACAACACUAGCUGAGGGACGCCAGUGGCUUGUCAUUCCUGUUCCAUCCACGUAUUAUUCUACUAACUGGCCUAUCAGAUACUCAGCUAUCGAUGCAGAAGGUCUCAGUAUUGCUAUAGCAGGAAGAACGGGAUUAGCUCAUUAUUCUGUCAUAUCAAGAAGAUGGAAGUUAUUCGGCAACGAAACGCAGGAAAAAGAUUUUAUUAUUGCUGGUGGAUUACUUUGGUGGCGGGAGUAUAUGGUUAUGGGUUGUUAUAGUAUUUUAGAUAAUGGAGAAGAACUACGGUUUUAUCCACGCGAAUCAAAAUUAGACAAUAAAUUUGCAAGAAUUGUUCGAGUACCUGCCCCCAUAUUGCUCAUAAACAUCUUACAAGAUCAACUGAUUACUCUAGGAUCUAAUGCUCAAGUAUGCAUAUGGCAGUUGCAAUUAAAUGAUAAUGUUGGAGAUGUGGAUGUAAUAAAAUCUCAAGUAGUUGACAUCUCAGCAUUAGCAAUACAUCCUGCUUGUAUAGCAUCUGUAACUUUGACUUCGUUAAGGACAGAAACCGUUAGAGGUCAGCAUUCUGUCAAUGAAAGUAUAUUAUUAAAUGUUAGCGGCCGUCUAUUGUUAGUGCAAAGGGAAUUGAGAAAUGGAGAAAAAUACGCUUGUUUGUUACCGACUGUUCUUGCCAGCUGCGUGGAGAAUGUUUGGGUUCCUAGACAAAGACGACUAGAAAAGGCACAUUUAACGGAAGCUCUGUGGCUGUUUUGCGGAUCACAUGGUAUGAGAGUUUGGCUUCCUCUGUAUCCAAGAGAUGGAGACAAAACACACACUUUUAUGUCAAAAAGAAUAAUGUUACCAUUUCAUUUACGAAUUUAUCCCUUGGCAAUAUUAUUUGAAGAUGCGGUCAUAUUGGGCGCUGAAACUGAUACAGUUCUCUAUUCUUCUGACUCCAAUUCACCAUUUUCAUUACCAUUAUGUGUUUUACAAAGAACUAGUCAAGUAUAUUUACACCAAAUAUUAAGGCAACUAAUAAGAAGAAACUUGGGCUAUCAUGCUUGGGAAAUAGCCAGAAGUUGUAUGGGUUUACCGUACUUUCCACAUUCAUUAGAACUAUUAUUACAUGAGGUUCUCGAGGAAGAAGCCACUAGUAAAGAACCCAUUCCCGAUGCUCAAUUACCUAGUGUUUUGGAAUUUAUAAUGGAGUAUCCAGUUUAUUUACAAACUGUAGUACAAUGUGCACGUAAAACAGAGAUAGCGUUAUGGCCGUAUCUGUUUUCUGUAGCAGGAAAACCAAAAGAUCUUUUUCAAGAGUGCCUCGGAAAAGGACAGCUUGAAACAGCUGCAUCGUACCUUAUUAUUUUACAAAAUUUAGAAACAUCUUCAGUGUCUAGACAAUACGCUACAUUAUUGUUAAAUACUGCAUUGGAUAAGUCUAAAUGGAAGCUUGCUAAAGAUUUAGUACGUUUUCUGAGAGCAAUAGAUCCCAACGAUGUCGAAUCAGAAUCUCCUCGAACGUCUUUUAUUUUACCUCCAAAACUAGGAAUGCCUCCAACUACAACAUCUGUUAGCCCUAACGCGGAAGAUCUAUCGCUUAUUUUGGGUAAUGUCCAAGGACCAAGAGUUAGAAGCUACAGUACUACUAUUUCACCAAAACUAGUAGAGAGAUCGAACAGUACGUCCGGACACACUGGUACUACGGCAGAACCUGAUGCUAGGAAAAAAUCAGUGACUACCUCAGUAGGAUAUUCUAAAACCGAAAAAACUUCAAAAACCAGUACCUCAGAAGAAUUUUUCAUUGAUGUAAUUUUGCAAAAACACGCCAGGCGACUGCUAUCUGCUCGUCGUCUAACAGAUUUGGGCUAUUUUGCAGCAUACCUCGAUUUUCAUUUAGUUUCCUGGUUAGUUAAAGAACGGGAUCGAGCCGCGAGAGUGGACGAUUUUGUAAAAACGUUAAAGCAAGUUCACGAAGACUUUAAUUGGCCUUAUCCUAGUUCUAAUCUACCUAUUGCGAAGAAAAUCAGUGUUUCAACUCCCCAAUCACCUCUAGAAAGCCCCAUGUCGAAUAUGGAAGAUCAAUUACGAUCGUUAAAAGGAGAAGUUUUUAAUUAUCCUGCCACUUCUAGUCGGAUUGGGGACAGUGGUUACAUGUCACUUCAAGGUCUACCGUAUACGGGUUUGGUGACGCCUGUUAAUACUCUUGAUCAAACUAGUCAGAUGGCCGAAACAGAUAUAGACGAACAAAGUAUGUGUAGUACUCAUGUAGAUAGAAAUAAAAACGAAUCUAUUGAACAUUCUGAGAAGAAGAUGACAGACAGUUUUGGCACAAGUUUCAACUUAAAGUCUACUGUAUUAAGUUCUGCGAUAGAUGAGUCUCUCAUGAGCACUGUAAGCUCUAUGUGGGGAGAUGAAAGAGAUUUAGGCUUACCUGGUAUCGAUAACUGGGAGGUUCCGUCCACUAAGAUAUUAGAACAGUUUUCUAACUCUGAUAACAAAGGAUCCCAAAGAUCUGAAGUACAAUUAAGGUAUCUAUUGCAAUUAUUUAUGGAAGCAAAUUGUUUAGAAUGGUCUUUAGUUUUUUCAAUUUUGUUGAGAGAUGCUAUGGCUGUAUUACGUAUUAUAAAUGCCGCGAAAUCUCAUGAUCAGACAGUCGAAACUGUGUCAAGGUUACGACAAGGUCUUCUCAUAAUUAAUUAUUGGACUAAUAGUGAAUGCUUGGGAUAUUCUACAUUCAUGUUGGCAAUACAUAAUCAAAUUUCCGUCCUUACAAGAAUUUUGGAAGUAAAAGUCCAACAAGUUCAACAACAGGGUGUAGCUUCUAAUAAUGUAACAACUCCAAAACCGGUGCGUUCCCGCAAAUCCAGUUCGAAUCAAGAUGGGGGUAAUUUACAAACAACGAUAAAAGAAAAAGUGAUCCCUACUGGCAAUCAUCUUCAGAAUGACGUUUUAGAUGACAGCAGCUCAGGAAAUGUAGAUAAGAUAGAAAAUAAAGAAAUGAUAGAUAUUAAUUCUGCACCUAAGAGCACAGGGUGUGUCAUUUCCUAAUGUUUUAAACAAUUUUCAAAGUGUUAUAAGAUUUCAUCACUGGAAUUCAGAAAUUUUAGGAGAGGUAAUGGUCUUAGAUAUUACUUAAAUAUUUUAAUAGAAACAUUAUGACCGUUUGUGGAUAAUAUUUGAAUGAGGGAGGUAUUUUACGAUUUUUUAACUUGAUUUUUGAUUGUUUGAUCGAUAGAUUGUUAGAUCGACAGACUUGAUAGUUCACCUUGAAACUAAUUGAAUAAAAGUGUACUUGUAUAGGUAUUAACUGUUUUAUAAUAAAAGUUAAAAUCUUCAUAGUACUGUUAACCACGCAUCGUUUGAAAAUAUAUAGUAUAUCUUCAUCUAUUAAUUGAAUCGUUUAUUUCAGAAACCACCUAAGUGCUCUUUUUUCAACUUUUGGAAAACUAAAAAAACUGAUUUGCAGCUUAAGUAUAAGUCUAAUCUCCUUCAAAUAUUUUUUUACUGAAUCAAAAACAUGCUAUUGGAAUAAUAUAUUUUAAAAAAAUAUAUUUUCCUUUGAGUUUUGAGUUAUAAAUUUUUGAAAAAAUUGCACUUAGGUGGUUUCUGCAAUAAAUGAGUGUAUCCAAAGUGAUUUUUUUUAAAUUAUUAUUGAAAUUAAGUCAAACCAUUAAUUUUUACCUGUUUUGAUGUCAAAGGUAAGUAACAUAUACAAUUAAGUAUAAAAAAUAUUUUUACUAGGCCUAAAUCGAAAAAUACAAGUACACUACACCCACAGUAUGUCUAUAUACAAAGAUCUGGACUUAUUCAGCUUCUGGCAAGUCUUCUGGCAACUCCAUGUCAGUCGUUGGCCAUUGGAUGAUAGUGUCAUAGAAGGCUUCAUAUCCAACAGUGUAUUCCAUCAAUUUUUUUAUAUCAUCUAUCUUUUUUUUGUUGAUUGGGACCUAAAACCAAAAAUCUCACUGUGCAAAACCCGAUAAAAUUUUAAAAUUUGUUAUAGACUACAAAAAUGUUUAGCU